AUGACGAAUCAUAUAUUAAACCAAUGUUCAAAAUGUCCUUUGGAAAUUAAACAAAAAUAUGGCAAUGAAAUACAAUCGAGUUCGAAGUCUUCGACGUCAGAAGAAAAAGAAAGUAACAAAGAUAUCCUGCUAGAAGCAUUAGAAGAUACCAGUCUCCCUUCAACUAGCAAAAAGGACACGUCAUCAAUGUCAUCAUCUUCCGAAUCUCCAUUACCAUCAGUAAAACGCAAGAAAGCUAGCUGCCAACAAACAUUGAGCGGGUAUAUAAAAGACACAAUAUUAGAUAUUCCCCAACAAGUUGACCUGACUAGUUCUCUUAUCGAAAGCUUGCUAAAACAUGUUGAAGAACGCUACGAAUUUUGUUCUAAGCCGAUUCAAUUUGCAGCCAAUCUUCUUGAUGCUCGCUUUAAAGGAGAACAAUUGAAUAAAGACCAAAUAAUGGAAGCAAUAGACUUCAUUUCUGAAAUGGCUCGUUCACGAAAUCUAGAUGUAGGGAAGGUGGUGGAUAAAAUUCAGAAGCUGGUUGCUAUUCAUUCUAAUUUGGUUAUAAACGAAAAACAGAUAUUCAUUUACGAUGCUAGACCAGCUCCACUUUUAGAAGACACUUGCAAAGAUUAUGCUGUUUUGUCCGUCCAUGAAGACGAAGCGGAGAUCGAGUCUGAAUCAGAUGCUUGGUCUGAAGAUUCAAACUCAGACUCAGAUGAAAAUAUACCUCUGAGCGCUUUGGUUAAAUAA